GACCCCAAAUUGGGGGGGAGGGUCCUCUGUGCCUUCUGGGACCCCCGGGAGCUGCGCUGGGACACGGGGGGGUGUCGGGAGGUGCCCCCCAAAAACGGGACCCCCCCCCCUGGGGGCACCGUCUGUGCCUGCGACCACCUGACCAGCUUUGCUGUGCUGCUGGCCUUCCACGAGCUCCAGGAGCACUGGCUGCUGGACCUGGUGACCCAGCUGGCCCUGGGGGUCUCCCUGGUGGCCCUGGGGGUCUCGGUGGCCACCUUUGGGCUGUGCCGGGCCCUGGGGGGGCUUCGGACCACCCUGCACCUGCACCUGAGCCUGAGCCUGCUGGUGGGGCAGGGAACCUUCCUGCUGGGCAUCCACGCCACACACAGUGAGGUGCUGUGCCGGGGGGUGGCGGUGCUGUUACACCUCUCUUUCCUGGCUGUUUUCUCCUGGAUGUUUUUGGAGGGGCUGUUCCUGGGGUGUUAAUUGUGAUUUUAUUGUGAUUUUAUCAGGAUUUUGAUGAUUUUUGGGUUA